GUGCAGGACGCCGCGUUCGCAGAUAAUCGAUCGUGUGGAUUGUGAAAGAGAGAGGAAUCGAGCGCUGGAAUAAAAGAGGAGAAAAAUCCCGGGACAGGAGCGGGCAGCGGGCAGGCCAUGCACCUCAGGAGCUCGGAGUGGAUGUCGACGGUGUAGUGGCUCUUCUGCGGGCUGCAGCAGAAGCGGGAGGGGAUCCCUUUCCUAUCGACACUACCUCUGUAGACAGUCCCAGCAUCCCCCUGUCGCCAUGUCGCUGGACAGCCCCAUGGCCCAGAACCCGAGCUGCAAGAUCAUGACCUUCCGUCCCACCAUGGAGGAGUUUCGGGACUUUGCCAAGUACAUCACGUACAUGGAGAGCCAGGGCGCUCACCGGGCCGGGUUGGCUAAGGUGAUCCCCCCGAAGGAGUGGAAGCCGCGGCAGUCAUACGACUCUCUCGAGGACAUGGUGAUUCCGACGCCCAUCCAGCAGGUGGUCACGGGCCAGUCGGGCCUUUUCACCCAGUACAACAUCCAGAAGAAGCCCAUGACGGUGGGCGAGUAUCGGAAGCUGGCCAACAGCGACAAGUUCCGCACCCCUCAGCAUAGGGGCUUCGACGACCUGGAGAGGAAGUACUGGAAGAACCUGACCUUCGUGUCGCCCAUCUACGGCGCGGACAUCAGCGGCUCGCUGUACGACCCGGAGAUCGCGGAGUGGAACAUCGGUCAUCUGAACACCCUGCUGGACAUGGUGGAGCAAGAGUGCGGCAUCGUCAUCGAGGGGGUCAACACGCCCUACCUGUACUUCGGCAUGUGGAAAACCACCUUUGCUUGGCACACGGAGGACAUGGACCUCUACAGCAUCAACUACCUGCACUUCGGGGAGCCCAAGUCCUGGUACGCCAUCCCCCCGGAGCACGGCAAGAGGCUCGAGCGCCUGGCCAAAGGCUUCUUCCCGGGAAGCUCCCAGGGCUGCGACGCUUUCCUUCGCCACAAGAUGACGCUCAUCUCGCCCUCCAUACUGAAGAAGUACAGCAUCCCGUUCGACAGGGUCACCCAGGAGGAGGGCGAGUUUAUGAUCACGUUUCCCUACGGAUACCACGCCGGCUUCAACCACGGCUUCAACUGCGCCGAGUCCACCAACUUUGCGACGCUGCGCUGGAUCGACUACGGCAAGAUGGCCACCCAGUGCACCUGCCGCAAGGACAUGGUGAAGAUCUCCAUGGACGUGUUUGUGCGCUGUCUGCAGCCAGAGCGCUACGAGCUGUGGAAGAAGGGCAAGGACGUGACGGUGCUGGACCACCAGAAGCCCACCACGCUCACCAGCCCCGAGCUGGAGCUGUGGAGGCAGAAUCGGGUGGCCUACCGGGAUAAGCUACUGCGCAGGGCACUGCAGAAGAAGAAGCAGUUCCGGCGGCUAAAGCUUGAGGAGGUGAAAGUUCUUGCGGAGGAGGGCAUCGAGCUGGACCCCGUGGAGUACAUGCGGCAGGUGGAGGAACACCAGGCGCGGCGCCUGAGGGAACGGGCGGAGCGUCAGGCCCGAGUCGCCCUGGAGGCCAUGGAGGAGGAGGAGCGGAGGGCGGCUGAGGGCGGUGGGGAAGAAACGGGGGCCGAGCCGGCGACGGCAGAGGAGGCAGACAGGACGGCAAAGACAAAGAAGAAGAAAAAGAAGAAGCUGGCGAAGGCCGAGGAGGAGGAGGCGGCGGCGGCGGCGCUCGGGGACGAGGCCGCCCGGCAGCCGGCCGACUCCCGGCCCGCAGCACCCUCCGUGUUCGUCAUGCCCGCUCCCAAGAAGGUGGUGUUCGACAAGGAACGCAUGUCGUGCCAGGAGGCCUUUGAGCAGUUUGCCAAGAGUGCCGGAACAGAGACGCCCAAGGUGGAGGCAGGACAGCCGGCAGACGGCAGACCCGAGAAGAAGACCCUACAGCCCAACCCCGCGUCUUACGCCAAGAUGGGGGUGGAAGUGAAGAAGAGCCGACGUCACCCCAUCAGCAAACCGCCGAAGCGCUCCCCCCUCGCCAUCGUCAAACAGGAGGCCUCCAGCGACGAAGAGCUGUUCACGCCCCUGCCAGGAGAGGGCGACAGGGGGCAGCCAGCUGAGAAGAAGACCCCAGAGUGUCACCUGUGGCAGAACUGCUCUCCCAGCCUGGUGGCGGAGCGCGGGUUCAACGCGGCCGUGGCGCGGAUCGAGCCGUACUGCGCCAUCUGCACCCUCUUCUCGCCGUAUUCCCAGCCCCACAAGGAGCCGGCGCUCAUGGCGGACCCUCACAGACCCCGGUGCGGCAGUCGCACCCGGCCCCUCGUCCCGGAGAUGUGCUUCAGCUCGGGGGCUGAGAACACGGAGCCCCUGCCUGCCAACUCCCACAUCGGGGAGGACGGGACCAGCGUGCUGCUGUGCUGCACCGGGUGUAGCCUGCAGGUCCAUGCUAGCUGCUACGGUGUACCGCCAGACAAGCAGAACAAGGACUGGGCGUGUUCGCGGUGCACCGCCAGUGCCUGUACCGAGGACUGCUGCUUGUGUAACCUGCGAGGUGGCGCUCUGAAGAAGACCACGGAUGCAAGGUGGGUGCACGUGAUCUGCGCCAUCGCCGUGCCCGAGGUGCGCUUCGUCAACGCCAUCGAGAGAGAGCCCGUGGACGUCGGCGCCAUUCCGGAGCUCAGGAAGAGACUGAAGUGCGUCUACUGCCACAAGAGCAUGCAGCAGAUCCGCGGCGCUUGCAUACAGUGCUCCUUCGACAACUGCUCCACCUCCUUCCACGUCACGUGCGCGCACAUCGCCGGCGUGCUCAUGAAGCCCGCCGACUGGCCCUACGUGGUAUCCGUCACCUGCCACAAGCACACCCUGAAGGACAUCCGGAAUCAGAUGGGGAGCCGCGACUUCUCGCUUGGCCAGAAGAUGGUGGGACGGCAUCGCAACGGCUGGUACUACCCGUGCACCAUCAUCGGCAUGGCCACGCAAACCUUCUACGAGGUCAACUUCGAGGACGGCUCCUACAGUGACAACGUCUAUCCCGAGAGCAUCCUGACCCAGGACUGCCUGUCUUUGGGACCCCCCGAGGAAGGCCAGCUGAUCGAGGUGCAGGCGGUCGACGGGACCUUGCACAAGGGCAGGUACAUCAGGACCCUCGUCCAGAAGCUGUAUCAGGUGGAGUUUGAGGACCAGACUCAGCUGACGCUGAAGCGCAGCGAGAUUCACGUGCCCAAGGAUGAGUUACCCAAGAGGGUCAAGUCUCGGCUGUCCUUGACGGCGGCGGUCCAAGACGCCUCGGAUCCGACUCCUUCCGGAGAUGAACCGCAGGCGGCCAAGCGGCCCCGCCUCCCCAGCUCUCUGGAACCGCCCCCUGGUUCCGUGUUGGGUCCCUCCUCCUCUGUCUCGGUCCUACCCAAUGCCGCCACUACGCCCCCCCUCCCGGAGACUUCUCUCGCACCCUCGGUCGGGGAGCUCCCCGCCUACAACCCCGCCGACGCCCAGGUGCCUCACCAGGGCCCCAGCUACCUGUCCUUCAUGGAGUCGCUGCUGGAGGAGCCGUACCCUCAGGCCGAAGCGCACGCGUACCAGUGAAGAGCCUCGGCAUGGAGUGUGCGCAGCGCCCCCUGGCUGGGACACCCUGCGGGCGCAUCAGCGCGGCGCUGUCAGGGAACUCAGCGGACACGGUCGCAUGUCUCCCUUUCCCGACACUGUCGUUGUUUUAGUAGUUGGUGGUGCUCUUGCUCUUGUUGCUGUUCUUGUUGUUGAUGAUGUUGCCGUUGCCGUCGUCACCGUUGUUGUUGUUUUC